GCAGCCCUGCCCAGCCUAUUCUUUCUCCUGACGUCCUUCGUUGAUGCCCGUGUCACACACUGCUGAAGAUGAACAUUUUACAUUGACUGUACACUUUUUUUUUAUCUGGUACUUUUUGGGAGCACUGGGAUUCCGUUUCUUCGAAAAGGGAAAUGUUUAUUGGCCUUUGUUUGGAGCGUUUCUGAACACGACGGUACUGAGCUCGAGACACCCGUAAUAUUUUGUCUUUCGUAUUGUAUCCGCUGUUUCAGGGUGCUAUUUAUUUAUUAAUAUUGUUCCCCCCUGGAAAUGUACACAGAUGGCUCUUUGAAGGGGACACUGCGUCCGUGGGAGUGGUUUGUUAAUUUUUCCUCUGGACAGCACCGACUCAUUGCAAAAAGCUUCGUCAGACUGUCAGAAAUGACGCUGUUUUCUCCUGUUUGACGAUCGUUCUGUUUUUUUCCUCUUCUGUUCUGCUUUUGUUUUCUUUCUGUCUCUUGAUCUACAAUCUCACGGUGUUUCGUUGUGGGAUAUCAACAUACAGACACGAGACUGCAAAACUGUUCAUUGGCGCGUUUAUAUGGACAUGAUAUGAGGACACUUGGAUGGGACAUUCUCGUAUAGCUUAGGACAAAACAGCAAGUCAGACCAUCGCAGACAUGAGCAUCAUAUAGCCCUUUGGCCUCAUCCACCAGUAUUCGACGUGCCAUCAAGUAAACUUGACCGGAAUGAGGAUUGUUUGAGCUUUACGUUUGGCAAGAGAGGGCAGCGAUAGCCUCGCGAUACUGGCUCGGCUGUGGAGUGGUCGAUGACGACUGUUUCUGCUGUCAUUGCUGAUUAAAUUAGUAAAUAUACAGCGGAUCGCUGAAAUUAAUCCAGUGUUGCUGUAGGCUAAACUCCAGGGACGAUGUCCUCUCGCGCAGCGCUGCAGCCGGGGAACGAAAGGAAUGCAGACCAACAUGCCUCUCUCUCCGCCAGUCGUUCAGAGAAGGGCUCGGGAUGGUCGAGUCGAUCGCUGGGGGCCCGUUGCCGGAAUUCCAUCGCCUCUUGCUCAGACGAACAGCCUCACAUCGGCAACUACCGACUGCUCAAAACCAUCGGCAAGGGCAAUUUCGCCAAAGUGAAGUUGGCACGCCAUAUCUUGACCGGCAGGGAGGUUGCAAUAAAAAUCAUUGACAAAACCCAACUCAACCCUACAAGUCUACAGAAGCUCUUUCGAGAGGUGCGGAUCAUGAAGGGCCUCAACCAUCCAAACAUAGUUCAGCUCUUUGAAGUGAUUGAGACGGAGAAGACACUCUACCUUGUUAUGGAGUACGCCAGUGGUGGUGAAGUGUUUGACUACCUUGUAUCCCAUGGGAGAAUGAAGGAGAAGGAGGCACGUUCUAAAUUCCGGCAGAUUGUGUCUGCUGUUCAUUACUGUCAUCAGAAGAAUAUCGUUCACAGGGACCUGAAGGCGGAAAACCUGCUGCUUGAUGCAGACUCCAACAUCAAGAUUGCUGACUUUGGCUUCAGUAAUGAAUUUAAACUGGGCAAUAAGCUGGACACAUUCUGCGGCAGUCCUCCCUACGCCGCCCCUGAACUCUUUCAGGGGAAGAAAUACGAUGGGCCAGAGGUGGAUAUCUGGAGUCUCGGGGUGAUACUCUACACACUAGUAAGCGGAUCACUGCCCUUUGACGGACAGAACCUAAAGGAAUUACGAGAGCGUGUUUUGAGGGGGAAAUACCGUGUACCAUUCUACAUGUCCACCGACUGCGAGGGCAUCCUGCGCAGGUUCCUUGUACUCAAUCCCACCAAGCGCUGCACCCUGGAGCAAAUCAUGAAGGAUAGGUGGAUAAAUAUUGGGUAUGACAGUGAUGAGCUGAAGCCUCAUAUUGAGCCUGUGGAGGAUUAUAAUGACACCAGCCGUAUAGAUGUAAUGGUAGGAAUGGGUUACUCCCGUGAUGAGAUCAGAGACGCCCUGACCACACAAAAGUACAAUGAGAUAUUUGCCACGUACCUGCUGCUAUGCCGCAAGAACGAGGAUGGUAUAGAGACCCGGUCGAGCAACAGUCUGUCUCUAGCACGGGUUCGGCCCAGCACCAUCACGAAUGGCACCAGCAAACACUCCUCCACCUCCUCAUCCAGCUCCACCUCUGCCUCAACCCACACUAAACCUCAGCGCAGUGCCUCCACCUACAACCGCCAGAGGAGGCACAGUGACUUCUGUGGGCCGUCAGUGCCAGUAGCUCAACCCAAACGCAUCAGUACAGGAAAGGGGGAACUAAAGGAGGAGCAUCUGCCCUCACGUAAGGCCAGCUCCAGUGUGGUGGGCAGUCGUAGCAUCCCCCCUUCAAGCCCCAUGGUUAGCACAGCUAACAACCCCAACAAGGCUGAGAUCCCAGACCGUCGCAAAGAAAUCAAUGCAACAACGAACAACAUCCCUGCCAGUGCCAUGACUCGUAGAAACACAUAUGUAUGUACGGACCGCACCAGCACAGACAGACACGCCUUACUACAAAAUGGGAAAGAGAACAGCUCCUUGUCACAUCGAAUACCUCCAGCCUCUCCGUCCACCCAUAGUAUAUCUGGGGCUGGGGCCGGGGCCUCCAGCUCCACAUCCUCUGAACGCUCUCGGCUGAUGAGGGGCUCCACCAUCCGCAGCACCUUCCAUGGGGGGCAGCUCCGGGACCACCGGGCUCCCACCCAUGCACCACCCACCUCCCCUACUCUGUCCCACGAAGCCAGCCCUCUGCCUCACUCUCGUAGCCGGGCAACCACCAACUUGUUCACCAAGCUGACCUCCAAACUCACCCGCAGGGUCAAUCUUGACCCCUCUAAGCGGCAGAGCUCAAACAAGUCUGUCUCGGGCUGCACUCUGCCACAGGGAUCAAAAACAGUUAGGUCACAGACGAACCUGAGAGAGUCUGCAGAUCUCCGGUCACAAGCUACGGAUGCAAAAAAUCAGGCUAAAAACAUCAGUCGCUAUCUAUCUGGGUAUCAAAAAGCGUCAGAGCCCCGGACCCCCCGAUGCGGCUGGGAUCUGAGGGUACGGAGCCCGCGGGACCCGGCCGAGGUGGUGCUGGCACUGCGGGAGGCGGCGCAGGGCUGCGGCUGCCAGGUCCACCAGGCCGGGUCCUUCCUCCUCUCCUGCACCCAUGGAGCCACAGGCUCCCGUGUUGCCUUUGAAGCCGAGGUGUGCCAGCUGCCCAACGGCCCCACCGAGACCAGCGGUGUCCGAUUCAAACGCCUGUGGGGGACACCGCUUGCCUUUCGGGACAUCGCCACCAAAGUAUCCAAAGAACUUGAACUCUGAGGUCAACAGGGGGUGGAGGCCAGUGGCACAAGCAUGGGACAUAAAGAUGCAAUGAGCAUUAAAGGAACUAGCCCUGUCCCCACCCCCGCCUCGUCUACAAAGCCUAUAAAGACUGGCAGAAACAUAAACACACAGACAUUGCGAGCUGGGCACCUGUUCACAAAAAAGCCCAGCUGAAGGAACUCCCUUUACCAGGUCUAUUUCACCAUUGGUUUUACCUGGUACUUUAGCCAUGUUAUUUUUAACACAGGUUUUCCAGUUUUUUUUUUUUUUUUGUUUGUUUUUGUUUUGUCACAACACUCACAAAUUUUGUUUUGUCACAACAUGUCAUUCCUUUUUAACUGCUGCUAUUUAACUGAUUUUUGAUUCAUAUUCUCCUACUGCAACUGCAAGGAGAGUAUUGUUUAUGUUUAUUUUUAUUGUUGUUUAAUGGGAUAGUUCACCCAAAUAUUAAAAUUUUUCAUUCAUUUAUUCACCCUUGUGUUGUUGCAAAACUGUAAGACUUUCUAUCUUCUGUGGAACAGAAAAGGAGAUAUUUAGCAGAAUGUCCAAGCUUUUAUUUUUGGGUGAACUGUCCCUUUAAAUACCAACCAAAUUCACAAAACAUGUGUGAAAGCCACACCAUUCUGAACUGUAGACAUACUGAGCCAUUUUGCAAUGCAAGUGCUAAAAAGUGAUAGCAAUUUCUCAAAUUUUUUUAAUGAUCUGUCCUUCUUGGUUGUUUUAGCCAUGUAACUUGCCAGUGAUGCAAGUUGAGUAGGUGAUGUCUGCUUUUCUGAGCCUCCUGAUUUUAGUCCUUGAUUUUUCUGCUUCUCAGCAGUCCCAUAUUAUUACAUGGUUGAACACCAUAGCACUUUAGGACCGAGUGAGCAACAUCACCUUUUAAAGCAGUUCUCCUCAUAAAGUGGUGCAAUUUUCCUGUUGAGCCAAGUUAAGACACAAUGCUCUUUAUUUUGCUCUUGUAAGUGUUACACUGAUAAAAAACCUCUGUUAUCUUGCCAAAAGUGCACUCUGCUUAAUGGCCACAAACAGACUGUUGACUUUGUUUAUUUCUGAUUUGACAUAGUAACCUUACCUUCAAGAUUGGAAAAUGUCUGAGCUGUGCAAUGUGAGAAAAUGCAAGACUGAUUAAUACAACACUUGUCUGAAAUCCCUUGAUUUGUGUAUCAGUUUAUUUAUAGCGUUGUAUCCUUUUGAAUGGAAAGUACUUUUUAAGUGCUUAAGUCUGGCAAAUGAUCUGUUACAUUUUUAUUUAUUUGCAAGUUAAAUUCUAAGGCUUUGUGCCCUAAUGUGUUAUAAUGGAUUUCCAAUGUGCAUUUAGUUCAAAACCAAAAUAACUGAAUAUGGAAGUUUAAAAAAAAUAUUAUAACAAUGAAGUAAUUAUUACCAAGUGUAAUUAGAUGAUGACACAUUUUGUCCAUUUAGUCACUCUAAACUAGCUAUCCGCAGUUGUAGAUAUGUUUGCAUUUGUGUGCUUGAGGAUAUAAGAGUUUAAAACACAGGGUGAUUGUUACAUGGGGCCAUUUAUUAACUUUGUACAACCAAAAAAAGGUUUAGGUGAAUACAACAUAGCCAGGGUUUCCCAGCCAUGUGGAGGUUUGAUCCCAGGAUGUUACAGAAGGAACAGGAAGUUAAGUCAAAGGACAAGAAAAAAAAAGAUGACAGGAAAGAAAGGAAGGAGGGAAAAAGAAAGAAAAAGGGAGCAAGGUGGAGUGUCUCUUAGAAAAG